AUGAAUCUGCUCAACUUCAUCUUCGCCUUGCUGGCUCUCGUCUCCGUCUUCGUCACCGUCAACGCCAAGAAACCUGACUGCGACAAGUGUAGUCCCGUAGGCGCCAUUCGAUGUGUCCCUCUACGCAGUGCCUACCAUAUGUACUGCGGCGACAACAACUGCUGGCAUUUCGAUAUAUUCGGUUGUCCUCAAGGCCACCACUGCCUCGACGAUCCCCAACGCUGCGUCCUGACGAGCGAGGCCUGCCGCGGUUGCGACGACUUCUACGACGCCUGCUCUAGUAACAACAACAACGACUGUGAUCACAAGUGCAAGGAAGACUGCGAGCGCAGGAUGUGCGCGCUCGACGGAGGCAGGUGCAAGCACCAGUGUCUGCACCAGACCUGCAAGAAGUGGGCCAUGUAG